AUGAAUCUAGACUCUGUCCAUAAAUUAUCUGACAAGACACAGGUUUUCAAGACCCAACAAAGACAGUCUUAUGAACUAGCUGAAGGUAGAAAAGAAACAGGUAACCUCUGUAACUCAAGUUUACCAUCUCAAAGGCUCCAUUCACACUCCUCUCAUCAUCCUUGUAUGCAUAUUAGUAACAACAAUGACUGGGAGAUUUCUGAAGAGCUCCGACUUCGGGAGCUGGAAGAAGUUAAGACUAGAGCUGCCCAAAUGGAGAAGACCAUGCGCUGGUGGUCAGACUGCACUGCCAACUGGCGGGAGAAAUGGAGCAAAGUUAGAGCAGAAAGGAAUAAAGCCCGGGAGGAAGGGAGACAACUGAGAAUCAAACUGGAGACCACAAUGAAGGAACUAAAUGCACUGAAAAAGCUAAACCAAGACUUACUAAUUGACAAGGAAAAGUGGAAAACUGAAGUCACUUGGAAAAAGAAACUCAAUUUCUCAGAUAUGCCCUAUAUGACAGAAAAGGAGUACCAGUCAGUGUGUCUGGAACAAAAACCUGUUAAAGAUGUGAUCAAGAGCAAGAUCCUUGUGGUACAAGAUAUGCAUAGGGAUGUGGAGACAACUGAAAACACAUUAAGAAAGAACCAAGGUACGAGAUUCAGUCUGAGGCUUCCUGACUCCUUUGCUCCUCUCAUUGGUCUGGAAAAGCCUAGACAAAAGCUCGACAACGUAGUCCAUCCUCCGGAGAAUGAAUUAAUACAUGUUUCUGCUUUGCAUUUACAAUUGGAUGAGUCACAGAAAAUCUUACAGAAGGAAAGAGAAAUGCAUUUUUUCCUGGAAAAAGAAGUAGAGAAGCUGGACUCUGAUCUCUCUCAGUGGAAAUGGAAAUAUGAAGAAAUGCGACAGUCCAAGCUGGAGAGCCUGAAACAGCUGAACAUACGGCAUGACCUUCAGCAAAAUGAAGUGGAAAGGAAUUUUGAAAAUAUAGAGGAUGAAACUGGUGCCCAAACCAAUAUGGACAGAAAGAUGUGUGAAUUAAGAGCAGAGCUGGAGAGACUACAGUCUGAGAAUACCUCUGAGCGGGGAAAGAGAGAAAUACUUGAAACAGAAAAGCAAGGUCUGGAAAGAGAGAAUAGAAGGUUGAAGGCCCAAGUGAAAGAAAUUCAGGAACUUCUGGAUAAGAGAAAUAAACUGCCAUCAAGUAACUUGGGUUCUGAUUUCAAGACAGCACAAAGUGAACUACUGGAAAAAAAUAAGGAGCUCAUUGAGCUGCAGCAUGCACACCACAAGCUAAACAAGCAGUAUCAUGAUAAAGUGGCGGAACUGAUGCAUGCAAACAAGAGAGUGGAACAACAUGAGGAUGAGAUUAAGAAGCUGAGAAGUCAGGUGGAAGACCUAAAAAGAGGGCUAAACCAGGCAGAGGAUAAGCUCGAUGAAUCACUAAACCAGAUUCGAAAGCUACAGCUAUCUCUGGAUGAGCAGACAGAGGCAAAUGACAAUUUACAGAUUCAGCUUAAUCAUUUAAAAAGCAGAGAAAGAGUACCGGUGCAGGAGCCCAGCCCAGCCCCGGAGUAAACCAACGCCUUGUGGUCAGGGGAGGCAGAUGAAGACCCUGAGGAGCUGCCAGAUCUGCCAGAAGCCAAGUACCCCAAGGAGACAGAGGAUCUUUGUACCUCUGAGCCCUACACCCAGACUGUGAUGGAAUCCAGAGAUGCUCUUCAAGUGAUGACUACAAUCAGUGUUGCAAACCUAGCAACGGCAAUUUCCACUUCAAAAAUAAGACAAACUAAGUUCCAGACAAGGGGAAAAAAAAGACUUUGGAUUAGAUGCUCAGCUGCUACAAAUACCUGCUAUUCCUCAGUGUGUGAUCUGACAUAA